AAUACAUAUAGUAGGAGGCAACCCCCAAAAUCCAGGAUCCAAUUACACUUUCUAAGAUUUAGCACAAACAACUAUUAUUUCUCCUUUCUCCUAUGGCAUCUAAUAACUUUCACAGAUCAGACAGUCUCAUUAAAUUAACUGAAAGGCUUCGUCUUUAUAAUCAGCCAUUGGAUAGCUCCUCCAACAAUACCAAUACCCAUUUUCAAAAUCAAAGUCCAAGAAUUCAAGAAUGCACAGCAAAUGAGGUUGUUUCCAAAGAACAAGAAUUGAAAUCAGAAUUUGGGACAGACCCAAUAGCUAAUAAUUCAAGAAGAGUCAAAUCCAAUAGGGCUGCAGUUUUAGUGUGUUUAUUUGAAGACCAAAAAGGCCAUCUUCGUGUAAUUCUCACUAAGAGAGCUUCCACUCUGUCUACACAUUCUGGUGAAGUUGCUUUGCCGGGUGGGAAAGUUGAAGAAGGUGAUGCCAAUGAUAUUGAGACAGCAUUGAGGGAGGCCGAGGAGGAGAUUGGAUUAGACCGUUCACUUGUAGAUGUCGUCGCUGUUCUUGAAUCCUUUACCAACAAGAAAGGAAUUACAGUGGUUCCUGUUGUGGGCAUACUUUGGGAUCGGAACACAUUCAAGCCAGUUAUAAAUACUGCAGAAGUGGCAGCAAUAUUUGAUGCACCUUUAGAAAUGUUUCUUAAGGAUGAAAAUCGAAGAGAACAAGAGCUUGAAUACAUGGGAGAUGAAUACGUACUUCAUUUCUUUGAUCAUGAAACAGAGAAUGAGAAGUAUAUAAUAUGGGCUUUAACUGCUGGAAUUUUGAUUAAAGCUGCAUCAAUUGUGUACCAGCGCCCCCCUGAUUUUCAAGAACGAAGGCCUAAAUUUUGGAAUAGGAGUCGCCAAUAAACAGCCUCUCUACCUUCAAGGUAAGGGUAAGGUCUGUGUACACACUACGCUACCCAGAUCCCACCUGUGGGAUUAUACUGGGUUUUUUGUUGUUGUUGUUGAGUCGCCAAUAAAAUGUUAUUGCCAAAUCUCUCCCGAAAACUUUGGCCUUUUAAUCUUGAACACAAAGGAUGUUUCCUUCAAAAUGAAGUAAGCAAAUUACAAUACUUGUAUCCUAUUAUAGCCAUUGUUUUCAGUGUAACAGCUCUUAACAUAGUAGCAAGAUUGAUAGUGGAAAGUAUAAUAUGUUAUGCAAUGGUUCCAUAUUUCCAUAGAAAUACUGUUGUAUUAGUUGUUCAGUGUUAUUUAUCAACUCCUUAUUCAUCACAGUUUCCUUUUUAUGUUAUGUAUCCAAGCUGAAGUUUGAUUUCUUGAAGAAACCAUAUCCAAUGUAGUUUUUUUUUUCC